UACUUGUGUUGAGGCGAGCCUUCUCCUUUUUUCAAAACCCACAAGAAACAAAUCCAGCUCAGGGCGAACUUAACAGAAGAGCGAUCACAGGCGUUUCCCACAAUUCUCUCUUCUCCACGUUUCAGUUUCCGUACACAUCGGCACAAGUCUGAGUUUUGCUGUUCGGAGGUCAGCCUGUGCACCUCCUCUGUGCUCUCAGAACUUUCAGGAAAUGGUUUAACUUGUGAUUGACCCACGUGAAGAUUUAAGAAACAUCCUGGCAAUCUAGAACACCGUACUUUCUCUAAUAAAUCAUACUGUGGGUUUAAAGAAGAGCCUGUCCAAAUGAGCAAGACAUCACAGCAGAACACAACUGCAGAAACCAACGGAGUAAGUGUCAUCUACACCCAAGCACAAGCGAGUGGGUUGCAACAGGUUCCUCAGUUGGUGCCUAUUAGUCCUGGAGGUGGAGGCAAAGCUACGCCUCCUAGUAAGCAGGGCAAGAAGAAUUCCACAAUUGAUAGAAACAGUGAUGAGUACCGCCAGCGCAGGGAGCGCAACAACAUGGCGGUGAAAAAGAGUCGUUUGAAAAGCAAGCAGAAGGCCCAGGAUACUCUGCAGAGGGUCAACCAGCUCAAAGAGGAGAAUGAACGCUUGGAGGCUAAAAUCAAGCUCCUGACAAAGGAACUGAGUGUACUCAAAGACUUGUUUCUUGAACACGCUCACAACUUCACAGACAGUGUGCAACCUCUUGGCACAGAAAGCACUGCCACAAAUUCAGAUGGCUCUGGACAAUAAGUGCCUUUCUCAGCUCAUGGGCAGAACAGUAUGGACACAGCCCUCCCUACACAAGUCAGGUGCAGCAGCAGAGAAACUUCUCUAAACUUUGUAACAUCUGUCAUUUUGUGGCUUGUUCUGUUUUUCUAAAUAGUAGGCUUAACACUGAAAGGUUGCUUCAAGUAAACUGCAAACUGUUUAUUACUAAGUAUUUGUUUUUCAUUAAGUGUUAAUGUAUUUUCUUCUCUGGCAUUUUUGACUAAUUGAAAUGAUAAAAAUGAACAAACACCCCAAAAAUUUACAUCAGUAAAAAUAGGGCUGCAGUACUCGGGCAACUAUAAUUAAAUGAUUAGUUGUUUAAUGUAUUCUGAGUGGUUUAAAUUGUGCUGAUUAACUGGGCUGCAGUUCUUAAAUGUUUUUAGUAUAAAAACUUUCAGAAAUCUUGUUUGAAAUGGCAGGUGACACCUAAGAGUCAUCCCUUCUCCUGCACCCCACUUUUGCAGGAAGGAAGCCUCUUUCUGAGGUGGUGCCUGCUAUGACCCUUAACAGCCAUAAUCUGAAGUAUGGACAAUCUAAAGAGUGUUGAUAUGCAGAAUCAGAGAUUUACAACUGUUAUUAAGUUGUGAUUUGUGAUUAAAUCAACACAGGGUUUUUUCAGCAGGGUCACUGAAACAAUCAAAUACCCGGUGUAGAGAUUGACUAUUUUAAAAUGAUUGGUGCAAAAGCUGGUUUAAAGCAUAUUUAUUUCUUCAUUGCUUAUUUUUUGUAGUGUGAGGUUCACUGAAGCAACCUGUUUUUGAUUGUCAGGGUGGGAUGUUCCAAACAAGUAGCAUAAAUCCUUGCUGGAUACAGCUCCCAUAGUCUUAUGGGUUAUGUUCAGUAACAGUGCCUCAGAAACAGUAAGGCUUGCUAAGGCUCGGAUGAUGACCACAUUUUGUAGGCUUGUCAGGCAUUAUUAGUCGGUGGUCUGAAUGCAGGUCCAAGCCUCUCCCUAAUAUUGCCAUCAACAGUGGGAGUGAAGUAGCAUUGCCUAGCUGCAAGCUGAUCACCAUUUUAAUUGCCUACAAUGCCCUGACAGUGUCAGCCUUUCUGGCAUUGUGAGAAAUCUUGUCCCUCCAUGUAAGUCUUUGGUUGAGAGGACCAGAGCAGCUGUCAGCAUUGAUGAGGCCAAGGUAGCUGGCAGUGCCAGUGGGAUUGAAGAGUUCUGUCAGCCCUAAGAGUGGGUUUCAAGAUCACUCUCUUCAGUUCCCAUCACUGUGUGUAGAAGGGAAUGACUUCACAGGGAAAUGGUGUAUAUUUAAAUAUGGAUUGCCCUGUCUGAGGUUAGCAUCUGAUGACAAUGUAGGAGCUUGGGGCCUGACAAGUAUUGUUGUUGCUCGCAGCCUCUUUUGUGACAAAUGGCAAUGAAUGGUAAGUGCAGAAGACUGGUUUGUGAUAAAGGGUUGUGUAGAAGGAGGGCCAUUCAAAAACUAAAGGAGAUGGACAUUUCAAACCCCCGACCUGCUUUAUCCAGGGACUUCUACAUCCAAAUACUAGAACUGCACUGCUGUCAAGAUGCAAGGGAGCUUCAUACUAAUUAACUGGGGCGGAAAGAAACAUGAAGCACUGGCCUUUGAUACAAGGUUAGUUGACCUGGCUGUUCACUGCCCUGUGACCCAAAUUAGUUGGUUAUUCUGCAGCCAGGACUUAAAAAAAAAAAACAAGCCUUGUAACAGGGUCCACAAAAUUAAUUCCUUGCUUAUUGGCAUUCCUUUGAGGGUGGGUGGAGAACCUUAGUUUUUUAUAUAUACUUUUCCAGUGCUGGUGAUAAGCCCCCUUAUUUUAUCUUUGUGGUGUAUAGGAAACUUAACACAUUAAAAAGAGCAGGGAAGUUGAUAUAACCUUUAAUUUAUUUUCCUUCAACUAUUUUCAUUCAUAGUAUAUUUGCAUAUUGGAUUAGCAAAAAAUACUUUUAUACCUCCCCUUCCUUUGCAGUCAUUGUGUUGUACAUGUAUUUAGAAAGACUGAGUUAAGAACUCGGUGAUGAUAGACAAG